ACAGAGCAGGUCACAGCGUGGACACACUCCUAGGCCACUGCGGCCCCAGCCCCGCCCGACACGAUGAGUGGCUCAGAUGCGGGGCUGGAGGAGGAGCCGGAGCUCAGCAUCACCCUCACGCUGAGGAUGUUGAUGCAUGGCAAGGAAGUGGGCAGCAUCAUUGGGAAGAAGGGAGAGACUGUGAAACGAAUCCGGGAGCAGAGCAGUGCCCGGAUCACCAUCUCCGAGGGGUCCUGCCCAGAACGCAUCACCACCAUCACCGGCUCCACAGCUGCUGUCUUCCACGCCGUCUCUAUGAUCGCGUUCAAGUUGGAUGAGGACCUUUGUGCGGCUCCUACAAAUGGUAGCAAUGUCUCUAGGCCUCCUGUGACCCUACGCCUUGUUAUCCCUGCCAGCCAGUGUGGCUCACUGAUCGGGAAGGCUGGCACUAAGAUCAAAGAGAUCCGGGAGACCACGGGAGCCCAGGUGCAGGUGGCAGGGGACCUGCUCCCGAAUUCCACAGAGCGUGCUGUCACCGUGUCUGGGGUGCCGGACGCCAUCAUCCUGUGUGUGCGCCAGAUCUGUGCUGUUAUCCUGGAGUCCCCACCCAAAGGAGCCACCAUCCCCUAUCACCCCAGCCUCUCCCUAGGUUCUGUUCUCCUCUCUGCCAACCAGGGCUUCUCUGUCCAGGGUCAAUAUGGAGCAGUGACCCCUGCUGAGGUCACUAAGCUCCAGCAGCUCUCAGGCCACGCAGUCCCCUUCGCCUCACCCAGUGUGGUGCCAGGACUGGAUCCUGGUGCACAGACCAGCUCCCAGGAAUUCUUGGUUCCCAAUGACCUGAUCGGCUGCGUGAUCGGACGCCAAGGUAGCAAGAUCAGCGAGAUCAGGCAGAUGUCAGGGGCGCAUAUCAAGAUCGGGAACCAAGCAGAGGGUGCUGGGGAGCGACACGUGACCAUCACCGGCUCCCCGGUCUCCAUCGCCCUGGCCCAGUACCUCAUCACUGCCUGUCUAGAGACGGCCAAGUCUACCUCUGGGGGUACACCGGGCUCAGCCCCCGCAGACCUGCCCACCCCCUUCUCACCGCCCUUGACAGCCCUGCCCACGGCUCCCCCAGGCUUACUGGGAACACCCUAUAUCUCCCUCUCCAACUUCAUCGGCCUCAAACCCGUACCCUUCUUGGCUCUACCACCUGCUUCCCCGGGGCCACCGCCGGGCUUGGCGGCUUACACGGCCAAGAUGGCAGCAGCCAAUGGUAGCAAGAAAGCUGAGCGGCAGAAAUUCUCCCCCUACUGAGGCCGGCUGAGGCACAGACGAUGAAGGGGGGGGGUGGGGGACAGGCAGGACCCCCCACCUCACCCCCACCCACCUCCCCGCCGCCCUCCCCCUGCCCAGGCAAGAGCUGCCAAUGUAUCCUGCCUGCUCCCCAGGAAACUCCACUUUGGGGUGUGUGUGGGGUGGGGGCAGGGGAGGUCUACAUGGGGGACAUCCCAAGCGCCCCCCCCCCGAAUGCCAGACGCAUGGAUGCAUCCCCCCUACUUUUACCCCAGGCCCCCCCCGGGCUUUCUAGAGUUUGUCCUCUCAGAGAAAGGGAGUUGGUUUCCAGCCCAGGGUUUCUGGGCAGGAAGGUCACUUGGGAGACCCACCAACUCUCUUGGGCUAUAUAGAUCAACAGCCUGAGUUGCCAGAGAGUCCUAGAGCUUCCGAUCAUCUUCGAUCACU